AUGAGGGCUGUUGCGUCCGUCGCUGGCUUUGCGGCCUAUGCUGCCGCAUUUACAACGCCCAUUAUCUGGGAUGAGCCCAUGGCCGAUCCUCUUGGUCCUCAGUGGACUGCUGCGGCGCCCGAAGUGAACUCGACGUAUGAGUAUGUCAUCGUCGGAUCCGGCGCUGGCGGUAGUCCAUUGGCCGCGCGACUCGCUCUGGCUGGUCACAGCGUACUGCUCAUCGAUGCUGGUGAAGACCACCACAUGGAGAGGCAGGUGCAGAUUCCAGCUCUCAACGGGUUCGCGUCCGAGUACAACCCCAUCAGAUGGGAGUACUUCGUCGAGCAUUACGCGAACGAAACCCAGGCGAACCGUGACAGCAAGAUGACCUAUCUUACCGCCGAUGGCGAAUACUACGUUGGACUCUACCCACCAGAGGGUGCCACCAAGCUGGGAAUCUACUACCCUCGCACUGGCGCUCUGGGCGGAUGUACUGAGCACAACGCCCUGGUUACCAUCAAGCCCACAGACAAGGACUGGAAUGACAUAGCAGCCUUGACUGGCGACGAUUCGUGGAACGCCAAGAACAUGCUAUCGUACUGGGAGAAGCUGGAGGCCUGCCGAUACCUCCCCAACAGCGUCGUAGGCCACGGAUUCACCGGGUGGCUGCAGACUCGGCUCACCCCUGUCAUCCUGAUCGCCGAGGAUCUCAAGGUUGCGUCUCUGGUCGUUGCCGCCGCCACAGCCAUGGGCAAAGGUCUCCUUGGAGCUCUCGCUCACACCGUCACCGGCCUGCUCAACAUCCUCACCCUUGAUGUCAACACCCCGUCCAGCACACGCGACAGCGGCGAGCUGAUCUACCAGAUCCCCAUGUCUGCAACUGAGGACUACGCCCGCUCAGGCCCCCGAGACUUUGUCAUCUCCGUCGCCAACGCCACGAACCCCGACGGCUCCAAGAAAUACAAGCUGGACAUUGCGCUGAACACUCUCGUCACCAAGAUCAACUUUGACACGACCGGCGACAAGCCCAAGGCAACCGGUGUGAACUACCUUUACGGCCAGCAUAUCUACCGCGCCGACCCCCAGGCUAGCAGAUCCGAGGAUGCCGGUGUCUCUGGUUCCGUGUCCGCCAGCCGCGAGGUCAUUGUGUCUGCAGGUUCUUUCAACACGCCUCAGCUGCUGAAGCUUUCUGGCGUUGGCCCUGCUGCCGAACUCCAGUCAUUCGACAUCCCUGUUGUCAAGGAUCUUCCUGGCGUCGGAGGUAACAUGCAGGACAGGUACGAGUUUGGCGUUGUCGGACAGUCCACCUCCAAGUUCUCUCUGUUGGAGGAGUGCACCUUCCUCCAGGGCGAUGACCCUUGCUACGACAACUGGAAGAACAACAUCGGUGACCUGAAGGGUGGCUACACCACCAACGGUAUUGCUUUUGGUUGGUUGCAUCACUCUUCCGUUGCUGAGGAGGGCGAUGACCCUGACUUGUUCCUGGGUGGUAUCCCUGCCUACCUGAACGGCUACAAGCCUGGUUACUCUCUCACCUCUACCGCGACCCUCGACGUGUGGACCUUCCUGACCCUCAAGGCCCACUCCCGCAACAACGCUGGCACCGUCAACAUCACCUCCACAAACCCCCGCGACACCCCCAAGAUCGUCUUCCAUUCGUUUGAUGAGGGUGUUGGUGGUGAGAAGGACUUGCAAGCCGUCGUCGAAGGAAUGCAGUAUGGUAUCAAGGCUUUCGAGGACGUCAUUCCCCUGGAUGGUGCCUUCGAGCGUGUCUGGCCUCCUCUCAAUGUCUCGACCGAGGCUGAGCUCAAGCAGUUCGCUCGCGAUGAGGCUUGGGGCCACCACGCUUCUUGCACCUGCCCUAUUGGUACUGAUGACGACCCGCUGGCCGUGCUCGACAGCGACCUCAAGGUCCGUGGUAUUGAUGGUCUCCGCGUUAUGGAUGCCUCGAUCUUCCCCAAGAUCCCCGGCAUGUACAUCGUCACCGCCAUCUACAUGGCCGCUGAGAAGGCUGCUGAUGUCAUCAUCGCCGAGGCGAAAUCGUCGUAA